AUGGACGGACUAGCUGAAUUCACUCUUUGGCUGUCCUGUCUUGCUGUAGUUCCUGUGGUUCUGGACCCAAACACGGCCCACCGGUUCCUCCACCUGUCUGAGGACCUGAGCCGGGUCUGGGACAGCGGAACCAGCACCGACCUGCCCGACACCCCUGAGCGGUUCUGGGAGUACGAGGAGGUUCUGGGUUCCGAGGGCUUCUGCUCCGGGAGGCGUCGCUGGGACGUGGAGGUGGGCGGGGCUGAGAUCUGGAUAGUGGGUGUGGCCAAGGAGUCAUGUGAGAGGAAGGGGAAGUGCAAGACGGUGCCAGAGGAGGGGUUCUGGGUAAUCCACCACAGAGAGGGCAGGUACAGCGCUCUCACAUCAACAGACGUGAACAUUCCGCUCCAGACUGACCAGAAGCUCCAGAGGAUCCGGGUGGAGCUGGACUGGGAGAGGGGUCAGGUGACCUUCUCCAACCCUGACGACGGCACGCACUUACACACCUACACACACUUACACACCUACACACACACCUUCACAGAGAGGCUCUACCCGUACUUCUACACGCAGUGUAAACAGCCACUGAAGAUCCUGCCCGUCCAGGUCUCUGUUUGUGUGAGCGUUUGAUCUGGUUGAGGUUGUAAAUGCACACACACACACACACACACA